CCCACAUCACAUGGUGGCAACGGGCUGCAAGGGAAGCGCAUGGAGAUGAAACCCAUUACCUACAAAACACGUCAUAAACAUUUUUGCAGCACGUAUGCAUUAAGAGCACUGAUGUAAGCCCGUUUCCUAUAAACAUGUUAUGCUACAAGUAUUCCUACUGUAAAGCAGUUACACAGUCCUAAGAUGUCUUUAACACCCAAACAAACCCCCGAGGCACUUCAAACAUCACCACAAACACAAUUGGUUCUGGCAAACAUGAGCUCACCCUGCAGCGAGCUGCUGCCCAGUGGAGCGGAUGGGCCACCCCUAUAAACGGGAGCUCCCAGCAGCAUUCCCCACCUCAGCCCCACACAGCACUCCUUCGCCUCCCUUCCAGCCCCAAAACCCAGCAUGAAGAGCACGCUGCUGACCCUGGCUGCGCUCUGCCUGCUGGCUGUGCUGCACAGAGCCGAAGGGGAGGGCAAUGCUGUGAAGCUCUGCGGGAGAGACUUUGUCAGAGCCAUCGUCUUCACCUGUGGCGGCUCCCGGUGGAAGAGGGAUCUGGCUAAUUACCAGUACCUGUUUGCAGAGAGCAGCGAGAGCUCCCUGUCCUCGUCCCAGGAGAGCGGCGGUUCCUCGGAGCCCUCCCCAUUCGCAGCACAGGGGCUGGGGGCUGCGGAUGAGCAGAGCCAGGAGGGCAGAGCCCAGGAGGAGCGCGACGUGAAGCGCAGCAGGAAGGUGGCCGUGCUCAAGAAGCGCGAGGUGGCCAAACUGCUCACCACGUCCUGCUGCAGCGUCGGCUGCAGUGAGAGGGACAUCAGCCUGCUGUGCUAA